AUGGGCAACGGUGCAACUCCCACCAGCAACACAGGCGCAGCGAACACGCCGCGAGCAGAGUCCAACACCCCGGCGGCGCAGACACGGCCCGGCGGCGCCCCCGCGCGAGUCUACAUGAACGAGAAAAUCGUCCCGUACCUGCUGGAGGGCAUGAAGUCCAUCGUGAAGGAACAGCCGUCGGACCCCCUCCGUGCCCUUGGGGAGUUCCUGAUCCAGAAAAGCAACGAGGUGGAAGGCGGAGCGGCUGGGCCGAAUAAGUCUCCUGAAUAG